AUGGCAACUGCUGCUGAACAUGCAACUUCACUUGCUUAUGCAACUUUAACUGCUCAUGCAAAUGCAACAACAGCUAGACAUGCAACUGUGAAUGCACAUUUAACUGCAACUGCACAAGCAGCUGCAACAACAAAUUUAACUGCAACUUUACAUGCAACUGCAAAUGAAACUGCAAUAACUCUUGCAACUGUAACUACAACUAAAUAUGCAACUGGAUCUGCAAAAGCAACUGCAACUGCAUAUUCACAUGCAACUGCAGAGGCAACAUACACACAACUGCAACAUACGACAAAAAUUACCACUGCAAAAGAUUAUGGAACUGCAAUUGCCAAUUCAACAGCAAUUGCACAUAAAACUGCGACUCCACAUGCAACUACACCUGCACAUGCAACUGCAACUAAAACUGCAACUGCACAUGAUAAUAAAUCAGCAGUUGCAAAAGCUAAUGCACAUGAAACUGCAACUGCAAAUCCAUAUGCAUCGAAAAAUAAAUCUGCAACUUCAACUAUAACUGCAAAUGCAACUGCAACUGCACAUGCAACGUCAACUACAACUAUUUAUGCUACUCUUUCUGCACAUGCAACUGCCACUGCACAUAAAACACCAACUACAACUUAA